AUGGAGAUCGGGGCUCAAACCGUUCCCAAUUUUUCUUUGACUUCGAUAAAAGAAAACUUCCCGUCGUGUGGUGGAGAAGUGAUUUCAACAUAUAAGAUUGGCAAGAGUUUGAUAGUGAAAUCCUACCUAGGAUCAGUUGCAUUUAACAACAUCACUAGAAUCACUUUUGGGAAACAGUUUGUGAAUUCCGAGGGCAUGAUAGAUGAGCAAGGGAAAGAGUUUAAAUCUAUUAUGGACAAUGGGAUAAAGCUUGGUGGAUCUUUAGCCAUACCUGAACACAUUCCAUGGCUCUGGUGGUUCUUCCCACUUGAAGAAGAAGCCUUUACCAAACAUGGAGAACGUCGUGAUCGGUUAACCCGAGCAAUUAUGGAAGAGCACAUUGCCGCUCGUAUGAAAAGCGGUGGAACCAAGCAACAUUUUGUUGAUAUUUUGCUCAUGCAUCAAAAGCAGUAUGACUUGAGUGACGACAGUAUCAUCGGCUUACUUUGGGACAUGAUCACAGCAGGAAUGGACACAGCCACAAGCUCAGUUGAGUGGGCAAUGGCCGAGAUAAUCAAGAACCCAAGGGUCCAACAAAAAGUUCAACAAGAAUUAGACUCCAUAAUCGGCUAUGAACGUGUGCUCACAGAACCAGACUUCUCAAACCUCCCAUACCUCCGAAAUGUAGCCAAAGAAGCUUUGCGAUUGCACCCCCAACCCCACUCAUGCUCCCUCACAAAGCAAAUACAAAUGUCAAAGUUGGCGGUUACGACAUCCCAAAAGGGGCCAACACCAGAACGGUUUCUUGAAGAGGAUGUGGACAUGAAAGGACACGAUUAUAGAUUAUUGCCAUUUGGUGCGGGAAGGAGGGCAUGUCCGGGUGCCCAAUUAGGGCUUAAUUUGAUGACCUCUAUGUUAGGCCACCUUUUACAUCAUUUCUCAUGGGCUCUAGCUAAUGGCUUGAACCCUGGAGAAAUUGAUAUGUCUGAAAACCCUGGGUUAGUGACGUACAUGAGGACCCCGCUUGAAGCUAUCGCCACACCUAGGUUACCUGUUUGUAUUGUAUAA